GCACCUGCUCGUGAUCACCUGAGAAGAAGAAUUAAAGAGGAAACAUAGAGGAGUUGAAGAGUUUGUCAGCAUGGCGGGACAGUUUCACAUCUGAGAGAAUCUCCUCCAAGCAGCUCGUCAACAAAGUCAGUCCUCCGGUCUCUGUUGGUGCCAUGGCCGACCCCAGCUGGUGGAAGCUGACCUUCUCCCGCAAGAAGAAGUCUGAAUCGAAGGUUCUGUACGAGAUCCCGGCCGAGUACGGCAGCAACACCGGAAACAAAGAGCACUCGAGCAGCAACCCCCCUCCGGACCACACGGACAGCCAGUUCAAUGCCAGACUGGAGAAGAUUGUAGAUAAAUCUGCCACCAAGGGCCGACACGUCAAGGUCUCCCACUCCGGACGCUUCAAGGAAAAGAAGAAGGUCCGCGCCACGCUGGCCGAGAACCCGAGCCUGUUCUCAGAGCACAGCCUCAGCGACGAGAACCAUAAAAACAAGACGGACAAAUAGCACAAAGGCUCCAAAAAUGCACAUACUUCAUCACAAAUGUGUCAUAUAUCAGUGUCACACCGAUAAAAGGCUGAAAUAUAUACAAGCACAACCAUGCAAGGUGGAUAAACACUUGUUACCAGGCGACACACCCAGGUAGCAACCAGCGGCCUCACACCUGUCCAAACAACUGGUAUCAGCAGAAAACCAGUAAACCAAACACUCAGUUUCUAACUGUCUGCGCUCACACUGCUGAUUUUACCUUCAGAAACAACUUUUUAUCUUUAUCAUUUCAGAUGUAAAGUUUUUGAAUUAAACCUUUUUUCAGUGGCCGAGUGGAGAAACGCCUGGAAACAUUUUCUUACAUUUUUAUGACCAAAGCAAAUAAAAGCUUGAUUUUGUCUGAAAUACUUUGGAAACACGGAUAUGAGGAAUGAGUAAAAGCUGUUUAUAUCGUCUUUACUGGCAUCUUAAAAAAGAAAUGAGUAUUUUGUUUUUAAUAAAUGUUUCAGGAUGAGUUGAUCUGAGCGAGCGCUUCGUAUUUGUGCGUGUUGUGAUCAUUGAACAUGCAGAUCGAUGCUCGGAGCCACGCAGAGUGCUAAUCUUGGUUUUGGGUUACAGAGACCAGUUUGUCUUUUCACCUGAGCCUGCGUGUGCUGGUUUUGUUGCCAUGGUGACGGAAAGCAGACACUGACAUCUGA